AUGGAGGCGCAGAACUUGCAAGCCGCUUCGACUUAUGUCAAUAAUAUCUUGCUGGCGCGGGGAUUACUGAAGACAGGUCAUCCGAUUGACUUUGCGCAGCCUGAAAAUGAAGAUGGGGGGACUGAAGCUACCAUGGCGCGGAUUAUCAACCUGGUUAAUGACCUCGUUUUGAGGAGAGACCGCGAAUCCGAACACCGUGAAAACCUGGCGACAACUAUUCGCACGCUGCGCGCGAACGAGUCGGAGCAGACCAUGGAAAUUGGAAAACUCAAGACAAAAGCGUCAGAGCUGAGUCGUUCUCUCGCUCUCGCAGAAGCUCAGGAGCGAAAUCUCAAAACCAACAUGGCUAAAGCCGAAUCGACCAUCCGAGGACUGAAGGAACAAGUCCAGCGCCUGAAGACCACUGUACAAACAGUUCGCGCGCAAUGCGCCAACGAUAUCCGGAAACGUGAUCUCGAAAUGCAGAGACUCAAGUCGCAUCUAGCUGAGCGACAACGGGGGAAGCGGGAGGGGUUGGGUGUCACGACUAUCAACAUCAAUCCCGGCGCAGACCGGUCACGCUUCGGGGCGAGUGGUGGAGAUCAUAUCAACGAUCCCGGAUACAGUUUGAAGCAGGAGACGACUGAUUUCUUGACAGAGCUAUGUCAAAAUUUGAGUGACGAAAAUGAUACCCUUAUUGAGCUUGCCCGAAACACUAUUGGGACGUUGAAGGAGCUACAAGGUCUACCGCAUGCUGAACCGGAGCAUGAGGAGGAUGAGGUGUCCGGGUUGUCCAUAAGCCUAGGACCAAAGAUGUCGGGGCCCGUGUCUACGCUUCCUACGUCUUGUGAAGAGCUGUCUAGUAACAUGGAAACGGUACUGGAGCACCUGCGCACACUACUCACCAACCCUUCUUUCGUGCCGUUAGAAGAGGUUGAAGUUCGAGACGAAGAAAUUAAGUCCUUGCGUGAAAGCUGGGAGAAGAUGGAAAAGCGGUGGAAGCAAGCUGUUGCCAUGAUGGAUGGAUGGCAACAGCGUCUAGCAGAUGGCGGAGACGGUGUGCGCAUGGAGGAGUUGAAGCGAGGCAUGAAUCUUGAUCUAAGCUUCACUUCCAACGAUGAGGCAAGCAUGCUCAGCAGGGCUUCAAACAUCUCGCCUAUCCUGGAAGACCAGGAAGAGACGAGCGAUGCCAAGGAACAAGUCACCGAGGAGCCAGAGGUCCCACAGACCCGAUCAAAGCUUCGUAAGCUGCCCAAGCGCUCUGAACGGGCUCUGCAAGAGCGCAGCGACAACGCCCGGCCCAAGCGACUCCGCAAAGUAUCCUUUACGCCGGGUCUGCAAGGAUCACCAUGCGAACCCACCCCCAACAAGACAGAAGAUGAAACGCUUCUGAUCAAAGCCUACAAAGCCAAUACCGUGGCCCGCAGACCGUCACGACGAAAGACAGAUUCCAAGCCCACUCGCCAGGCCGAUGGCGCUGAACCACGAAUGAGCGUCCGUCAGAAACUAGCCGCAGCCGAAGACGAGGCUCGCGAUGCCGCACAAUCACUCAAAGAAAAGGAAACGCGCAAGCGCAGCAGAUCCGAGAAGUCAUCGAGCCGAUCGGGCGGUCGACGUCGGAGCACACUCACCAGCGACGAACUAGAUGAUCUCAUGGGAAUGUCUCGAUGA